AUGGUAGAAGUAGACAUACAACCAGGACAUUUAACCUUUUCCAGCCCUUUUGACAAGGAUCAGGUCGGCUACGUUGAGGUAUCUAACCUUUCAGAAACGGGAGACGUGGUAUUCAAAGUGAUGACUACAGCCCCAGACUUCUACUUUGCAACCCCCAGCAUUGGACUACUUCACAAGAAACAGAAGGUGGACGUGAGGGUGAGAAUGCUGCGUCUGGGAAGUGAGCCCGUUAGGAAUUUCCACUGUAACGACCAACUUCUAGUAAUGGUGCUGCCACUGCCAGACGACUACGUCAUAGUGAACCCUAAGAACGACCUACACAACCUGUGGGAGAUACUGGAGGAGGAGACCCGACAUCAAGGCUCCACGAGGAAGAUCCAUAUUUUUAGCGAAGUGAAGGAAUGGAAGACUACGUGGGACGAUGACGACAGUGAUUUUGCGCCAGCUACUCAGCCAGAGGCUGAACCUUCACUACUGAGGAUGGACAAAAAACUGAUUGUGUUUUUGGUGGUUUUUGCAUUCAUUAGUCUGAUCAGCGAUUGA